UUGUGGAUUUCAUGAGGUGAAGAUUCUUGAUUCUUUCUGGCCUGAAACAGCGAGACGACGAGGACGAGGACGAUUGGAUCUGAAGAGAUCCGGUACCGAAACUCCAAGCCUGAGACGAAAGGGUCGGGUCGGGUCGGGUCGGGUCGAAUUCGAAUGGGAGAAUUGGAGAAGGAAAUAGAUGUAGAAACGAGAAGGCGAUGAAGGGUUAGAUGAGCCUGAAAAAGAAGCGGUUUGGUUUGAGAAGGGCGGGGUUGAUCUAUUUAUAUUGUAAAAAUCGACAGUUAUUUUGACUUGGCCAGAGGUAGUAGGGUAAAGACAUUUACAUUAUUGACGAAAUACAGUGGGCAAGGCUAAAUGUGGAUUGUAUGAAUCAUCAUAAAACGUGAGGGAAACACAAAAUGGGCCGAGACUUCUGUCCAUCGAGAGAUGAAGAUACUCAUUGAAAACUAAGCAAAAGUUGCGCAUAGACAAGCUUGGAAGAGAAGCUCUUUGAAAACCCUGCCCUUGCUUAGAUUGAAAUGUAAGUCAGGCACACGAUCACAAACAUAGAGAGAAUGAGAGCUAAACGUUCACUUCAAUCUUUCUAUGAUAUGAAGAAAGAAUCUUCCAACACUGUUUACUUUUAGUUUUGGAAUGGACUUCCCACCUCAACCAACUUUGAAAGAAUCACCUCAACCACAAUUUCAAGCUAGCAAUAGAGCAUUACCUCUCAUCUCUCUGCCCCUAUGCAAAAGAAUUUACUACCAAAAACACAAUGUACAAAUUUGUUGCUCAAGUAUUGUUGAGACAAUACUGAAACAGAGUUGCAGCUGCAGGUCUGCACUGCUGCACGCACAACAUGGCAAAGAGAUCAGAUUUUGCGCAAAAGCUGCUGGAUGAUCUUCGGGUUAGGAAGGAACGAAUGGCUGCACCAGCGCAGAGCUCAAACCGUUCAAACGCAAUGGCUAUAGAUGCAUAUGCUUAUUCCAAGCAAACUUAUAGAGGAUCAAGGGAUACAAAAACCCAUGGAAUAACUAGUUCCAGAACUGGGAACCCCCAGAGCAGGUCAACUGGAAGUAGUAGAACACCUAUUCGUCAAGAAACUUCAAACCAGAUGGUUGCUUAUGGGAGAGGUGGGAACUCAGGACAAAUAGUAGAUCUUUCCAUGGCCUUGGCUUUUGCACUUGAGAAUGGAGCCACAAAACUCACCAGAACAAGUUCAUCAAGCAAAAGUUCAGUGAUGGGAUUUCUGAAUCAAAUUGGUAGGGGAUCCAUGGACUUCAACAAAAUGGAAAGAAAGGGAAAUGUCAACAUGUACUGGGGUUCAAGUAGUCAGUUCCCUAACCUUUCAAAUUUUCAUAUAGAAGAAAUAUCCAGAGGGGCACAGAAACUAAACCAGAUCCUUAGAGCUUGCUCCAAUGGUGUUAAAGUUGAUAAGUUUUCAAUAGAGAUCGGGAAGGAACUGUUUAAAGGGGCCAUGGAUUUGGAAGAGUCCUUGAGAAUGCUUGUGAACCUGCAGGAAGCUUCAGAACAUAUGACCACCUCCCAAAGGAAAAGUCGGAUCACAUUGCUAGACGAAGAUGAAGAUGGUGAAGACCAAAUAGAAGAACAAAAGCAACUGGCUCUGCCAAGGUUUUCCUUUGACAAAUCAACAAGACAUGCUCGUAAAAUCCAAGAAGUAGGAAGGAUGGCCCUCAAGCCUAAGAUGGCAGCUCUGACUUACCCCACAGGAGGUAGUACGGAUGAGAAGCAAGGCAGAGAGACAGCAACCUCAGUUUCUCGCAGGCAUUCAGUCAGCUAUAUCCCUGAUGUCAAAAAUCCAUCAAAACAGUCAGACCAGAAAGUGUCUAAACCAGAAAAAGAUAGGAUUCCAAAUGUUAUUGCAAAGCUGAUGGGCCUGGAUGAGCUUCCCAAAAAUGAAAACGCAAAAUCCACUACCACACAGAAAGACAACAUCCCUAAGAAACCAAGAGAAAGGGGAGCUGCAAUAGGGCACACAAUGCAGGAAAGCAGUAAGAUUGCUGGUGUUAAGACCAAAGAUGGUGAGAAUCUGGUAUCCACAAGUAGACAGAAAGUGGUAGAAGGCAAUAAGAAUCCAUUGAUGCAGAAAAACACUGCUUUUCUUCUGCAAGCAGAAAAGGUCCUGGCUGCCAACAACAAUGUUGGCCUUGAGAUGGUUAUUCAUGAUGGAAAACAAUCCUCAAAAGACUUGAUGGGAAUAAAACCUGUGACAAGAUCAGGAAAGACAACCACCAUGAAAACAGAUAAGCAGCAAAGUGCCAAAUUCAGACAGAACAACAGUAAGGAUAAUCACGAAAAAGAAAGAAAGCAGGAUACUAUGAGGUAUGGGGAACAAAAGUUGCAGGUAAGAAAACAACAAGGUACUGAGAUGGUAUCCAAGAGUACAUCCAACAAGGCAGCAAAGCAGCCUCACACAAGCCAAGCCAGGGUAAAUAGAAACAGUAUGAUAGAAGUUGUUAAUGCUGUGCAACCCAGAGGAGUUCCAAAUGGCACUUACCACGAGAAUCUGGUGAGAAGAAAAAGUUCAGUUGAAUUGAACAUCCAUAUGAAUGAUUUUCCUCAAAAGGACUCAGAUCAAGAAAAUUUAGGCAUUCCACUAGCUAUGAAGGAGAAAGCUAUUCAUCAUGUAGCACCCUUACAGAAGGCAAAAACUAGAAGAGUGAAUAAAAGUGAAAUUCCUCGAAGAGUGGAUGAAGUAGUGACCAGAAGAAAUGGAACGCUGUAUAAGUUGACAAGGCCUCUAAAACAAUCUAUUUUGGAGCAAGUGACACAUAGAACCCAUGAUAAAGUCGGUGGCCACAAUGGAGCAGAAAAGGGUAGAGCCAGCAGGUUGAAACAAGCAGAGCCAUGCAUUGUCAAGUCCAACAAAUCAACAGAAAGCACUCGACCACUACAUUUGGUACAAAACCUACAGAAAGAAGCUGAGGCUCCUACUUUCUAUGGUCACAAUGAAGACGAAUUCCGAAGCCUCCGAGAACCAAAAACUCUAGUCCCACAUGACAGUGUAAAGUUCAUCUUCCAUAAAACCCGAAAGCGUCAAAAUUCAGUCUCAGUAGUACCUAACGAUCAACAUGAUCAAGUACCAAUCUUUGGAGCUGAUGAGUGCAUUACAUCACCAAAUGCACUUAAUGUUGCAGGAACCCAAUCAACCCAUGAAGACACCUUGGAUAUUUCAUCCACAUUGCAAUUGGAGCAACAGAAGCCUUUCAAAUGGAGAAAACAAGAGCCACUUACAGAAACUGAAAUCCUUCUCAAGCAGAUAGUGAUCCAGAGCCAACUGUUCCUCAACACAGCAGAGGCACUUUUCAGACUCGAAAUCCCUUUCGGAAUUCUCCACGCUAGUAGUAGCGACUACGAUCAUGAGUACAACUACAUCACUCAUCCCGAAGACAUAAAGCUCACAUUAGACUGCAGCUACGAGAUAAUGAAAAGAAAAGGUAAAAGGCAAGAGCUCGCUGUGCAUCCCAAUUUUGUGAAGGUAUCCAUAAGCUUCACUCAGGUCCAGUCUCUGGAUGAGCUGGUUAAGCAGUUGAGUAAAGACAUUGAUAAGCUGAAACUGUAUGGGAAGAAUGGAAAACUGGAAUGUGGGGCUGAAGAGUAUGUGCCUAGAAUGCUUGAAUUCGACGUGAAUAACAGGGAGCCUGAGCUGAACUGUAUGUGGGAUUUGGGUUGGGAUGUGACCAUGUUUGGGUUUGUUGAAGUGGAUGAAGUUGUUAGGGAUCUGGAGAGGGGUGUGCUCACUGGACUUGUUGAUGAGCUUACCAGAGACCUCUUUCAUAUGUGAGAAUUUCCAUUACUGCAAAAUGAGCAGCAACAAUGCAUUUGGUGUAUUUGGUUUUGUAACGGAUACAUUGAUUUUGUAAUUGUUGAUAGCAGUAAGGGUUUCAAAAUCCUCAGUUUGCUGGAAUUCUGGUUCAUAUACAUUGAUUUUGUAA